UAGUUUCAAUAAGGGUUUCAACAUUGCUCUCAUCUGCAUUCCGAAUUUGUGCAUCAUACGGUUCAUAAGUCUACCAAAAUCAGAAUGGCUGGAGCUGAAAACGAUGUUGUGGUCAUAUCGGAUUCUGAAGACUCUUCGGCUGAAUCAGAGGAGUUUGAUGAUGAUGAAACUGGUCCGCUGAUAUUCAUUGUGCCAUACACCAAACGCUUUCGCAUACCAGUUGCCGUAGCACGGAUGACAGAAAUUGACGAAACCUUGAAAGUUAAGAUCACCAACAAGCAGAAUGUGGAGACAAAACAUGAUGUUAGGGCGGAGCCAAAUAAAAACAGUAUCAAGUACGUUGUCAAAGGAUGGGCGAAAUGGCUUAAAGAUAACAACAUAAAAGAAGGUGAUUAUUGCAAGUUUCAGUACUAACAUCACAAUAAUCCAAUAAGUAUUACCUGUGGAGUUGUUUAUAUGAACUUCAUUAUUGGACGUACAUGAAGAUCUACGCUUGCAUUUUCUUGAAGUGGCUAUCAUUGUAAUAAAGAAAAAUGAAUUACAUUCUAAUUAAAAUUAUUAUUAUAUAUAAACAAAUAAACAAUGUGAAAGAUAAAUAAAAAAUCACAA